UUUCGAGUGUGGCUCAGUUACAGUUAGCGAGGGUUUAGGGCUUUGAAAGCUGAAGCAAUACCCCCUUUGGAUUGUAAAAAGAAAUCAGAUUUCAUUUCUCAAAAAGAAAAAUGCUACCUCGAUGGAGCAGAGCUUUAAUCCAUCUCUCAAAGCUACGAUCAUUCAAUUCCAUUGAAUUAGGCAAAGAUUUCAGUUUGAUUCAUCGCCAAAGCUAUGCAGCUGUGGCACCUGCACCUGCUCCUUCUGCUGAUUCCUUCCCACCUGCCAAAUCAUCGGCAAAUUUGGAUAAAAUGUUUUGGUCUAAGCCUUGUUCAUUGGCUUUGGCCCCAGAUUCUCCCCUUAGAGUGGAAGACCCAAAGUAUGAAGGCAUUAGGCGUAUUGUUCUCAAGAUGAUGCUUUUCUAUAGUAAACAAAGCAAGUCAAUUCGAGGGGCUAAUGUUAUAUAUAGGCGUGUCCUUUCCCAAGUUGAUAAACCUGCUAUUUAUGAAGUAUUUAGCUUGGAGAAGACAUUCAGGAUGACGUUUUCACUGCUUGUACUUCAUAUGUGGCUCUGCUUACGCCGGUUGAAAGCUGAAGGAAAAGAUGGUGUUGAAUUAGGACAAUACGUCUAUGAGAUAUAUAAUCAUGAUGUUGAGCUCAGAGUAUCUAAAGCUGGAGUUAACUUACUUUUGACGAAAUGGAUGAAAGAAUUGGAGAAGAUAUUCUAUGGAAAUAUUGUUGCUUAUGAUGCUGCCUUGCUUCCGGAGGCUACACACGAGGAGCUAACAGAGGUUAUAUGGAGGAAUAUCUUUUCUGAUGAUGGAACAUCCAAGCCAGAUGCUGCCGCGUUACAUACAGUCCAGGCGAUGGCAAGGUAUGUUCGUCGUGAAGUCAGUUGCCUCUCGUUAACUGAUAAAGAAGCCAUGUUUUCUGGGAACUUCAUGUUCACCCCAUUGGAGAGUAGCUCAGCUGAUUCAGUCAGAAGGUAGAAAAUGGGAAGAAGCUGAUGUGGGGAAAGAGGGAAAAUAUUUGAAAGAAAGGAAUAAUGGUGGCUCGUGCUAAUCUAAUAUGCUUGUAAAGGCUUCAUUAUAUCACAGUUAAAAGUGAAACUGUUUGCUAGCAUUUGUUUAUUUCAUACAGCAAUAGAAUUGAUGGAAAAAGAUAUGGAUGCAUUCUUGUAGCAUUAAUUGCAAAUUAUGCAAUCAAGUUUGAUUUGUAAUACCUUUAAUAUCUAAGAUUCUGUUUGUUUUGCAUA